GUGCAGAGCGUCGGGAUGUUGAUGAUGCCGAUGUGCAUGCUGCUAGGUGCGUAUCUGGGCAUCACGGGGCACCAGGAGGUGCAGCGGAUUGCCUCCAGCCUGCUGCCGCCGGACGACGGGCUGCUGCUGGAGAGCGCGGGCUUCGGCCCAGGGCGCACCGCGGCCGCAGGCAUGAGCCACGCGGACGCCAGGCAGCAAGCCGCGUACGGCGCCGCCGUCGGGCGUUUCGCCGGGGCCCAGCAGCACGCGGCCGCAGCGGCACGGAACGGCCUGCAGCGACUGCAGGCGUUCCACUCGGCCUUUCAGGGCCGGGCGCACAAGCUGGGGCAGUAG